AUGGGGCACGCAGGGCGCCAGUUCCAAGCUCUGCUCUGGAAGAAUUGGCUCUGCCGCCUGCGGCACCCGGUUCUCUCCCUGGCUGAAAUUCUUUGGCCAUGUAUCCUGUUCAUGAUUCUGACAGUACUUCGUUUUCAAGAACCUCCCAGACACAGAGAUAGUUGUUACUUACAAGCCCGGGACCUGCCGAGCAGAGGUAUUUUCCCCUUUGUCCAAAGCCUUCUUUGUAACACAGGCUCACAGUGCAGGAACACAAGCUUUGCGCCACCUGCUGAGCACCACUCUCGGUUGCCUAGGUUCCAAACUGCAGCUGAAUAUGACAAGAAGGAGGUUGACAACCUGGCCUUUUUAAAAUCUGUACAGGACUUUGCUAAGGACAUGUAUGAAAUAAUGGAAAAGGCAAAGAACUUACAAAAAAUUUGGAUACAGAGAUCUAAGAGUCCAGAGUCUUCUUAUGGUGCCAGGUUUUUAAAAAUGGAUCUCAAUAAGACUGAAGAUAUGAUACUGAUACUGGAACGUCUUCACAUGCAGCCUCCUCUCUGGGAUUUUCUACUUUCUCUGCCACAGUUCUAUGUGAAAAAUAUUCACACUGAAGACAGCAUACAUGUUGCAGUACAGUUUCUUCAGGCAGUUUUGAAUUCCUUAAUAUCCCUAGAAGAUUUAGAUUGGCUGCCACUCAACCACACAUUCUCGAAGGGUUCUGAGUCUAUAUUGAAUGUGACCAUUUCCACACUCAUAUUUCUUCAGGAACAUGGAGUAGCAGUCACUGCUAAGGGAUACAAUCUGUCCCUGAAGGAUAUAGUGUGGAAUCCACAGAUGGUGAAGUCUGACCUGAAAUCUCUAUUUGGUUUUGAUGAUCUUCACUCAGCACGAAUCCUAAAUUAUUCAGCUCAGCUAAUGGAGGUUCCCACAGACAAGUCACUUGAGUCUAUGGUAUGUUCAGUCUUAUUCAACACGUCAGAGGAUGGAACUGAUGGAGAGAGUCACCCUGGAGACUGUGAUUCCAAGUGGUCAGAAGCCAAAGACUAUCUUGUCCAUGUGGUCAGCUGGCCCCAAGUCUAUAAACAGGUGCUUGGUCAGUGGCAAAAGGGCAAGUUGCUUGAGAAGGUACUCACAAUAAUUGAGCACAGUCUGGAGACCCUCAGAGAUCAAUUUGAGGUGGCGAGCAAGCCGUGGAAAGUGACGGAAGCUUUGCACUCUCUGCUUCUCCUCUUGAAUGACACCUUGACAGUAGAUGGAUUAAAAUCUCCAAAGAUAUUACUUCAUCUACAAAGAUUACAGAAUGCGCUGCACAUGCUGCCCGGGUACCCAGCUCUGCACAGAUUGCUUCUGCUUGACGGGGCCCUCCGGAAAGCCAUGGCCCAGAAAUUACGUUUUGUCCAAGAAGUCCUCAUUCACCUGGAGACAUCAGCUAACUAUUCCAGCCUGGAUGGAUCUGAUCAAUUAAAACUGGAAAUGGACAUGGUCUUUUGGGAGUUAAAGCAGAUCCUGAAGAAUAAUUCAACUGAUACAUGUCUAAAUGGUACCUUGGUUGAGAAGGAGACUCUCUCACUUCCUCAGAGCUCUAGAAUUUGGGAGAGCUUCAUAGCAGUGCUCUGUCAACUAAAUAUCUCCAAUGGAACCAAUACUUUAAAUAAGCUAAUUCAUUCAAUAGAAGCUGCUGAUCAUAUUUUACAAGAGGUCAUUAUUGGACUCACAAGUAUGCCAGUUUCAAUGACUGGAGAAUCACCGGGCUGGCUGGAAAUCGAGGCCCAGCUCUCCGAAGCCAUCCUUUCCUGCACGCAGGUCUUCCAGACAUUGGAUACUGAUGGUUCCCCUGGAAAUAGGUCCUCUUUCCCAGAUUGUACAGACCAGAUUAUUUCCACAGUGAUAUUUCAUACACUUGAAAAAGUACAGUCGUCUCUGGAACAAGCACACUACUGGAAAGUCUUUAUAGGAUUUAUCAGGAAGACUUGUGAAGUGGCUCAGAAAGUGAAUAUACAAGAAAAUUUUCACAGUGGCCAGAUCAUUUUCUCUGAGGAAUAUCCUUGUUAUGAAGUAAACAUGGAUUGGAAAAUCAUCAGUGCUAAUUAUUUGUUAUUUCUGAAUAAUUUACUCAAGUCACCAAUGAUUUCAAUUUCUAGGAUCUUCAAUUCCACAAAAGAUCUUCUAAUUAUGGAAAACAAGUUAUAUACCCUUGAGGAUGAACAAAUGAAUUAUAUUUUAGCAUUUGUGGAAUUUGGGGAGAAAUUAUUAUUGCCUAAACCUUUUAACUCAUCCAGUGUUCCCAAAUAUUAUACCCUCCCAUCUCUCACUGAGAUUCUGGCUGAUACUCGCCUUUCGUGGAUAAAUAGUUUAAAAAGUUCAAAGAGAGACCCACCUGCUGCUGAUACUCAGAAACUUUUGAAAUUUGGCAAAGUAUUGAUAGAAAAAAUACAAACUCUCGAAAAUCAUUGGAUAAGGAAGGCAUCAGGAAAUAUUUUUAGAUACAUAGAAUUAAUACUUUCUGGAAUUAAUCCCAAGCUACUGGAGUUGUGGAUGUAUGACUUUUUGGAAAGAGAAAGAGCUAAAUUGGAAGUCUUGCCUAUACUUUUUAAUUCUUCUAUUCCAGAUAAUGAAAAGACUGUUAGUGAAAGCUUUAACUUUUCCCAGUUGUUCCAUUCAGACUGGUCUAAAACACCAGCAGGUAACAUUGAUUUUGUGCAUUUAACUCAAACAAUAGUAAGUAGUCUCUAUGAAUUUGGAUUUGUGAGUGAGAAACAGGUUUCAGAAGCUCUGGACAUAGUCCAUGCUAUAAGGAAUGCAUCUGAUCUUUUCUCAACCCUUUCUGAAUCUCAAAAACAAGAAGUUGGUAAAAUUUUGAGUCAUAUAUUCCAAAAUGUCAUCAAGGACAAGGAUUCAGCUUUGCUUCUGCAGAUUUAUUUUUCAUUUUACCAACACAUACAUAAAUUCUUCUUGAGCAUUCAGAAUAGAGACUCUUUGCGCACCUUCCUUACACAAUUCUCAAAACACAGUUUAGACAUUUUAAAGCAAUUUAAUUUCCAAAACAUCAGCGGAGCGUUUGCAUUUUUAUCUGAGACAAUAGGAAUUCUUGGUAGAAUUUCUGAAGUACCUUGUUGUCAGCAAUUGCUUUCCAUUUUUCAGUAUUUGGAACUUCAAGCUCAGUCCCUGAGAUUCACUGAGGAUCAAGGCUUGGAAACAAUCCAUACUACUUUGAGUAACCUCAAACAACUGUUCAUAGUAGAUGAAGAUUUUCGUAUUUCUAUAUUUGAAUAUAUUAGCCAACUCUUAAAUGUUUCAAUAGAAGCCCUGCUAGGUAAUGAAUGCUUUGCUUCGCACAAUGAAAAUAUUUCUUCUCUAAAUUAUCCAACAGAUGUAGUAUCUUCACUUGUUCUGCCACGGGCAAAAAAUCUUUUAAACCUUUCAGCAAAUGGCAGUACACUCAAUGAGUUUAUGUCCAUUCGCUGCACCAUUUCAUGGCUUCAAAUGUGGAUGGAAAUCUGUGGAAACAUAUCUCAACUAUUCAAGUUUGAGACAAAUGUGUUCACUUCUCUCCAUAUUGGUCUCAAUCAGUUUUUGGAUGAAGUGGAAAAUAAUGUGAAGCUUUCUAGUAGCUGCCAGGGAAUAUUUUCAACCAACAACCCUGCUGUACUGCUAUUAAAUCUGCUUAAGACUGUAACUGAAGCUGAUGGUUUCCAUGACUGGAAUGAUUUCCUGAAACUCAGAGAACUAUGGGUAGCAUUAGAUGAUGUAUUAGAUAUGGUAAAAUCACUUCACCCUGACAAAGUAGAGCAGUCCCUUUUAACCAUGGAAACCACCCUACAUCAGUUAAAGACAUUUCCUUUGACUACAAACAUAAGCAAAGAGUUUUUAUAUUCUGUGCUUGAAAUUUUCUUCAAGUUGAGCAAUGCCUCAGAAUAUAGAUACAGCAAUGUACAUGUGCCAAGUCACUUUCUUUCAAAUAAUCUAACAAAUUUUGGAGCAAAGUUUCAAAGUGUUAUCCCUGAACUAAGAGAGAUAAUAUUAUUCCUUAGAAAUGUAUCUCAUGACCAAGAUUUGCUUUCCUGUGUUGAUGCUUUCCAAAACGUUGCUGAAUUUGUUUUUGAAGAUGGCUUAUUAUAUGUAAAUACUUCACAGUGGACAGUACAUAUUCUGGCUCUGUUAAAUUCAGCAUUUUCCUCUGACAACAUAACUCGCAGAUUGAAAGGAUGUAUUGACUGGGUGGAUAUCAUAAACCAUUUGCAUGUUACGUAUAACUCCAAUAUUUCGCAAGGUCAUCUUCAAGGAAUUUUGAGGAAUUUUAGAGAUAGAGAAAACAAAAUAGCCACUGCAAUGAAACUUGUUACUUGGGUGUUAAAUAUGAAGGAACCUUUUUGCUCAUCAAGUAGGUCAAAUAUAAAUUGUCUGAGUAUUUCCCUGAAAAAUGUAUAUGACUUCCUAAAUGCUAUACUUACAUUAGUCUUAGAAAAAGAGAUAGCACCAGAAUUUGAUAUUCUAUUAAGUUUUUUAAAUAAUUCAACAAAUCGAGUAAGGAUGAUUAUCAGCAACUUAAUACAAGACUUUGAUUUUGUAUUUCAAUCUAACUGGACACAUUUUGCUAAAUUGAUUCUGAGACAUAUGGAAAUGCCAGAUGAACUUCCUCAGCAAUUUCAAAAUAUUUGGCUACACUUAAUAGCUUUGGGAAAGGAAAUUCAGAAACUUGUGAAAGAUAUUGCUCCUAAAAUCCUGCAAAAUACUUUUUCUUCUAUAAGUGAAAAGUUUUUAAAUGUUUUUACCACCAGUCCAAAAGAAAAAGACUUACACAGUUUAGAAAACUCACUUUAUCAUUUUGCCAGUGACCUUGUCUUUAACCUAUCAUAUCAUUUUCAAAAUUCAUCAAAAAUAUUUCCACAUGAAAUCAAGAAAGCUGUGAGUCUUGGUAUUCAACUGGUUAGGGAUGUUUUCAGUUCCUUAAUGCCCACAGUUCAUCAUGAUAGUUUACAAAAUACAGGCAGUAUUAAAGCUUUAAAGAAAGUAUCUUUUCUCAUGCACACUCUCAAGAAGACAGAUAUAGAACUUUUUGUAGAUAAACUUGAAGAGAUCAGUGAAAACCUAAUGGAUUUUUUCGAGAAUAUCAGUAGAUUAGAUUCUGAUAAUUUGGGGGCCAACUUGCUUGUUGGCUUAAUGGAAAAAUUUGUAAAGAGCUCACAUCCUUGGAAUGUAAAGCACUUGUUGAAGCUCUCAUAUUUGCUUACUAAAGAUGAUGUUAAUGCCCUGGUAGACUUGUACUUUGCGCUUCCUCAUGCUGUGAGUCUCCUACAGAGGCUAGAUGGCAAAAACAUCACAGAGACUCUCAAGGAUGUUUACAACUUCACGCUCUUUCAUGGCAUAACCAUUUCAAGCAUUAGCAAGGAAGACUUUGCGAUUGCAGUGAAAAAUCUUUUGGACAUAACUGAACUAAUACUUGAUAAACCAGGAAUUGUUUCAGAAGCUUUAACUUGCCUUCCUGAGUUUUGGUGCUGGAACCAUACAGCAUAUGAAUUUCAGCAGAACCCCAAAUUAGAAGCCUGUAAUGCCCAGAAAUUAAUUUUUCCUUUCUUUUAUGAAAAAGUAACUGGUAUAAUUGACCAUCUCCACUUGUCUCUCACAGAUAGAAAUUUGCAAUGCUCAAAUAAAAGUUCCAGGAUGGAAUUAACUAGGAAAGUAGUUUGUGUAAUUCAUACAUCGGUGGACUGGAAUUCCAUCCUUCUAGAAAUGUUUGAAGUCUUCCACAUUAAAAUUUCUUUUGUGAAAACUAUACAAGAAUUUCUGCAUAAGGUGUUACCAUAUGUCAUGUCUUCUGAAAUUUAUAAUAAUGGCAGCAUGUCUGAAUUUUGUCCUGGUGGCUCCAUGAAGCAAGUUGCUUUGCAAAUCAUAAAAAUAUUUAAAGAUGUUAACUUUACAAAAGUUACAGCAGCUGAAAAAUUUUUUGAUAGCCUGGCUAGUUUAAACAAGAUCCUUCACAUAAAUGAAGGUCUAGAGGUGCCUGUUCCAAGUAGUAAUUCUUCAACCUUCAAAAGGAUAGUAGAAAAAAUUUCUGGUGUCUUGAGCCAAGAAACUAGUUUGAAUUCUCUAGUCUCUCCAUUCAUUCUGUUUCUGGAUACAAAGCCUAUGGAAAGUAUUUUAGAAGCAUUAUCAAAUCUUUCAAAUGAAAGUGAAGCACCUUACAACUUUGAAGAACUGUGGCUUCAGUUUGAGCAAACCAUGAAAGACCUAAGACAUAACUUUGAUAUCAGUCAUCUGACCUCUGUAAUUAAUGAACAAAUUAAAAUAAUUAAUUUAGUGGCUCCUCAAAAUCCAAUUUUGCAAUUUCCCCAAUUAUUGGAAAGGUUAAAUUCAUCAUCAUUGAAGAUAUUAGAAAUUAUUGAAGAUUUUCUAGUGAGCACAGGAAACUGGCUUUAUAAAUAUGCAAUUAAAAAUUACUCUAGAGUAAUACAAACAUUAUUACCUCUUAUGGCCAAUGAGAGUUCAACUGAUCACACAGCUUUGUUGGCUAGAGGUAUUACGGUCUUUUGGAGCUACCUCAAAAACAUUUCUAAAGAAGGUAAUUUUGAUGUUCUCCUCCUUACUGAUCUGCUAAAGCAACAACAGCUAACUAAUUUCUCUAUUGUUCCAUUGCUUUUGGAAAGCAUCAUAAUUAAUUCAAUCAGUAACUUGUCUGGGAAUUCUCAAGAAGCUGCCUUGAAUUUAAGUGAAACUAACUUUCAAAUAAUGAAUUUCAUUAACCUCACCUUGAACCAUAUGCAGUCAGAAAAUGAUGGAAAAAUAAUUUUCCCUCUAAGAAGCACAGUGGAUUUCAUGGAACAGCUUAUGAAAACAUUCUUUUCCUUUUUUCCAAAGGAAAAUUCUAGGAACAAACUAUCUCUUCUUCUGAAAGACUUAAACAAAUAUACCAUUGCAGAUAUGAGUGUUGUAGAAAUGUGUCAAGCUUUCCAGCAGCCUGCAGGGUCCUCCAGAGCAAUUGCAACUCUGCAGAAAGUGAAGAUGUUGGUUGUGCAAGUGUUCACUGUCUUUGCAGAAAACCCUUCCUUGAUUAAGAACUUUCUAUGUGCUACUGUGAGCUGCAAGCAAGAUGGGAUAAGACCUCUUGUUUUAGUUGUUGUGCAAGGCCUCGCUUUGCUGCAGGACCAUUAUCAGGAAAUCAGACAGAUGUGGUCUUCACCAACUCAGUUAAAUUGUGAAAGUCUUAGCAGGAAUCUUUUUAGAUCCUUGGAAAGCUUCAAGAACAACGUGGAAGAUAUUACCGAGGAAGACUGUGAAUGCCAACAAGCUCUAGAAACAGUCCAGCAGCAAACACACAUGCUGGUCAGAAGCUUGGAGGAGAUUUUGUCAUCAGGGAAUCCCAUUAUAAGUUUCCUUAGCAAUUUCACAGUAACUGAUGGUGUAAAAGUUAAAGAUUUAAUGAAAAAUGUUACCAAGUUAGUGGAAGAGCUUCAGGCUUCUAUCCACCUCUCAGAUGAAACAAUCAAUUGUAUUUUAGAAGCAAAUAUAUCACAUUCAAAGGUUCUCUCUAAUGUCCUUACGGUAGCUUUGUCUGGAAGAUGUGAUCAAGACAUCCUUCGUCUCCUGCUGACAGUUCAUGAGGACAAAACAUCUCUUCUUGCAAUGAAGGAACUGUGUGCCCUCCCCGGAACAGAAGUAUAUUCUCUGCUUGUGCUGAUGAGUCGAAAUCUGAACCUGCGGAAUUUCAUCUAUAAAAUUUUUAUACCUUCUGAAGAAAAUAGCUUGCUGAACUCCAUGUUGGAUGUGGUUUCUAGCAUCAACUCUCUCCUUCCCAAAGCCCAGCACAUUCUUGAAUACCUUCCUAAAUUUCUUCAAGCAUUUAAUAUUGCAGCAUUGCUAGAUAUGACUGCCAUUCAACAGGUUUCACAAAAUGACCAGUUCAGAAACUCAGCCUUUGGUUCUUUCCAGUCUGUGAUGAAGAUGAUUUGCAAAGAGAAAGCAUUUUUCCUUAGCAACACCAACACUUUUAUUGAUUUACCCAGAGUUGAUGAUCUUUUGGAAGGUGACAAGGCAAAAUUCAACAUUCCUGAUGAUUCAAAUGUAGAACUCAUGAAGAUCAUAGUUAAAGCCAGAAGGAAUGCCUUUCCUCUGUCUCUUUGUGCUAAUUAUACAUUUCAUUUUGUGGACAAGAUAAAGACUUUAUCAGAAACACUGCUGAACAUGUCUAGCCUUUUUCAGAGAAGGGGAAAUGGCCAAAUGCUUAACCAAUUCCAGGAAGCCCUGAGAAACAAAUUUGUAAGAAACUUCAUAAAAAGUCAAUUGCACAUCGAUGUAGACAAACUUACUGAGAAGCUUCAGACAUACGGAGGAAUGCUAGACAGGAUGGUUAACCAUGUAGGAGCUGGAAACAUGCAGUUCCUGGGUCACAUCUUGGUAAAUCUUUCCUCCUGUGUAGUGUUGAACCGCUUCCAGGCGCAAGAGUCUGUCGACCUCCUGGAGACUAAAGCACAAGUACUCAUGCAACAGAAUGAUUUAUUGGCCAGUAUUAUAUUCAAUAAUUCCUUCAUCAACAAGAAUUUCCAGUCAGAGUCUCGCAAACUGCCACCCCAUGUCACAUAUACAAUUAGGACAAGUGUCUUAUACAGCAUGAGAACAGACAUGGUAAAAAACCCCUUUUGGAAGUUCCAUCCACAGAGUCUACCAGCUGACGGGUUCAAAUAUAACUAUAUCUUUGUCCCAUUGCAAGACAUGAUUGAGAGAGCCAUCAUCUCGGUGCAGACGGGACGGGGCGCUCGGGAGCCAGCCACGCAGGCACAGGCAAUGCCCUACCCCUGCCAUACCAGUGACUUAUUUUUGAACAAUGUUGGCUUUUUUUUCCCACUGAUAAUGAUGCUGACCUGGAUGGUAUCUGUGGCCAGUAUGGUUCGAAAGCUGGUUUACGAGCGGGAGAUCCAGAUUGAAGAGUACAUGAGGAUGAUGGGAGUACAUCCAACAACCCACUUCCUAGCCUGGUUCCUGGAGAACAUGGCCAUGCUGACCCUUGGCAGUGUUGCUCUGGCUGUUAUUCUGAAAACAAGUGGCAUCUUUGCACACAGCAACGCCUUGAUUAUUUUUCUCUUUCUCCUGGAUUUUGGGGUGUCAGUUGUCAUGCUGAGUUACUUCCUGAGUGCAUUUUUCAGCCAAGCAAACACAGCUGCUCUCUGCACCAGCCUGGUGUAUAUGAUCAGCUUUCUGCCUUAUAUAGUCCUGCUGGUCCUACAUAACCGAUUAAGUUUGGUCAUUCAGACAUUUCUGUGCUUCCUCUCAACAACCGCCUUUGGGCAAGGAGUAUUUUUCAUUACAUUCCUAGAAGGGCAAGAGGCAGGAACUUUUGGUUUAAGAAAACCAUGGUAUUUUCCAUUUACCGGAUCGUAUUGGAAGAAUAUAUGUGGCUUGGUAGAGAAAAAGUAUUAUAUGAGUUCUAGUCUAUUUUUCUCCAACAAGAACUUUGGCAGCAAAGGGUCAUCUCUGCAACAGAGGGAUGGAAAGCUUGAAGGAGACCCUCCUGGAGUCACCCUGUUGUCUGUGACAAAAGAAUAUGAGCCCAACAAAGCAGCGGUCAAAGACCUCACUGUUACCUUCCACAGGAACCAAAUCACUGCCCUGCUGGGCACAAAUGGUGCAGGAAAGACCACAAUUAUAUCCAUGUUGACGGGACUUUAUCCUCCUACUUCUGGAACUAUCAUCAUCAAUGGCAAGAACCUGCAGACAGACCUGGCCGCUGUCAGAAUGGAGCUGGGCGUGUGUCCUCAGUAUGAUGUCCUGUUUGACAACCUGACAGUUCUGGAGCAUCUGGUGCUGUUUGCAUCCAUCAAAGCACCACAGUGGACCCAGAAAGAGUUACACCAGCAAGUCAAUAAAACUCUUCAGGCUGUGGAGUUAACACAGUACCAACACAAACAAACCCGAGUCCUCUCUGGAGGCAUGAAGAGGAAGCUUUCCAUUGGCAUUGCUUUCAUUGGUAUGUGCCAUACUGUGGUUCUGGACGAGCCCACCAGUGGUGUGGACCCUUGUUCCCGUCGCAGCAUCUGGGAUAUUCUCCUUAAGUAUCGAGAAGGUCGUACAGUCAUCUUUACAACUCACCAUCUGGAUGAAGCCGAAGUGCUCAGUGACUGCAUUGCCAUCCUGCAGCGGGGGCAGCUCAGGUGCUGCAGUCCUGCCUUCUGCCUGAAGGAGGUGUAUGGCCAAGGGCUCAACCUGAUGCUCACAAAGCAGACUUCUAUUCCAGAGAAACAUGAUCCAAAGGACAUAGCUCAACUCACAACUUUUAUACAGAGUUAUAUUCCCCAAGCAUUUCUCAAAGUCAGUAAUGGGAGUGAGCUGGUGUAUACCCUUCCAAAGGACAUGGACAAGGCCAACUUUAAAGGAUUCUUUCAUGCUCUGGACCAGAACCUACAUCAUCUCCAUCUGAUGGGCUAUGGGAUUUCAGAUACCACAUUGGAAGAGGUAUUUUUGAUGCUUUUGCAAGAUUCCAAAAAGAAAUCUCAGCUUGCUAUGGGGAUUGUUGCGGAGCCACAACACCACAUGACUCUAGGACAGCCACCUGGCUACUGUAACUCCUUGAGUCGUCCUCUAACCUUGCGGGGUGGCCACCUGCUUCGAUCACAGAUGGCUGCCCUCUUGAUGAAGAGGCUUCGCCACACUCUCCGGGCCUGGAAAAGUACACUGUCGAACCUGCUACUGCCUGUCCUCUUUGUAGCCUUGGCCAUGGGUUUGUUCAUGGUAAGGCCUUUGGCUGUCAACUACCCUCCCCUCAAACUGGCACCGGGCCACUAUGAGAGGGCAGAGACAUAUUUUUUCAGCAGCAAGAACAAUGACCAAGCUCUGACUCACAUGCUUUUGAGAAAGUUUGGAGAUCAGGAUCUACUCUGUACCAAGUUGAACCCAGACCUGAAGAAUUCUUCAUGCUGGCACAGUGAUCACUUUUCUCAUCUGGAACUCCAGAAUUCAUGUGGCUGCCAAAAAUGCUCAUAUGGAAACUCCACAGCUCCUUAUCUGAAGAACAGCCUGGGCCACACUCUGCUGAACCUUUCCGCCUUCAAUGUGGAGAAUUACCUGCUGAUGGCUUCUAAAAAACCCAGGCUUGGAGGUUGGUCUUUUGGAGUGCAAAUCCCUAAUCAAGUUGAAGAAACCAAUUCAAAUAUAUCAAAACCAAAAUUUCUGUCAAAGGUGUGGUAUAAUCAGAAGGGUUUUCAUUCACUACCUUCCUACUUAAAUCAUCUAAACAAUCUUAUUUUGUGGAAACACUUACCCCCUUCUACAGACUGGAGACAAUACGGAAUAACGCUCUAUAGUCAUCCUUACGGAGGAGCCUUGCUGAAUGAAGACAAGAUCUUGGAGAGCAUCCGACAGUGCGGCGUUGCCCUCUGCAUCGUGUUGGGUUUCUCCAUCUUGACUGCAUCAAUUGGGAGCUUCGUGGUGAAAGACAGGGUUACUGGAGCCAAACGAUUGCAGCACAUCAGUGGCCUUGGCUAUAGGAUGUACUGGUUCACAAACUUCCUGUAUGACAUGAUAUUUUACUUGGUCUCUGCCAGCCUGUGUGUUGCCAUGAUCCUUGCCUUCCAGUUACCAGCUUUUACUUUCCGAGAGAACUUGGCAGCCACAGCCCUCCUGCUGGCUCUUUUUGGAUAUGCAACACUACCAUGGAUGUAUCUGAUGUCCAGAGUCUUUUCAAGUUCAGAUGUAGCUUUCAUCUCCUACAUCUCUUUAAACUUCAUCUGUGGCCUCUGCACCAUGCUCAUGACUAUCAUGCCUCGGCUGUUGGUUAUCAUCUCCAAAUCACAGAAUUUACAGAACAUUUAUGAUGUCCUCAAAUGGGUUUUUACUAUUUUUCCUCAAUUCUGCCUGGGUCGAGGACUGAUAGAACUAUGUUAUAAUCAGAUAAAAUAUGAUCUGACCUGCAACUUUGGCAUUGAUUCCUAUGUGAGUCCCUUCGAGAUGAAUUUCCUAGGCUGGAUCUUCAUGGAGUUGACCUUCCAGGGCACAGUGCUUCUUUUCCUGAGGCUUCUGUUACACUGGGAUCAUCUGCGGCCAUCGAGGGGUCCCUCUGGAUUCAGAGGCACAGUGAAAACUUCUAAGGAUAUUGAUGUUGAAAAAGAGCAAAUGAGGGUUUUUGAAGGAAGAACCAGUGGAGACAUUCUUGUGUUAUAUAACCUUAGUAAAAGCUAUCAAAGCUUUUUCAAAACGACAACUGCAGUGCAAGAUAUUACUUUGGGCAUACGAAGAGGAGAGUUGAAAAACAGUUUUAAGGAGAUCCUUCCAUUUUUGUUUGGUUACUCUGAAAUGCAGUUCAUAGAUGAAGUGGCCCUCUCCUCAGCCGGUGAGGCUGGUAUUCUCAUUGGCUACUGUCCACAACAGGAUGCCCUUGAUGAACUCCUAACUGGUUGGGAGCAUCUUCAUUAUUACUGUAGCCUGCGUGGGAUUCCAAAGCAGCACAUACCUGAGGUUUCUGGUGACCUUGUAAGGCGCUUGCACCUGGAAUCCCAUGUGGACCAACUUGUUGCUACAUAUAGUGGUGGAACCAAGAGGAAACUCUCUAUAGCUUUGGCUUUGGUGGGAAAACCUGAAAUUCUUUUAUUGGAUGAGCCCAGCUCUGGGAUGGAUCCCUGCUCUAAGCGGUAUCUGUGGGAAACAAUAAUGAAGGAAGUUCAGGAUGGUUGUGCUGUUGUGCUGACCUCGCACAGCAUGGAGGAAUGUGAGGCUCUCUGUACAAGACUUUCCUUCAUGGUCAAUGGUAGCUGCAAAUGUCUUGGUUCCCCUCAACACAUUAAAAAUAGGUUUGGUGAUGGUUAUACAGUCAAGGUUUGGCUUUGUAAGAGAACAGAUCAACAUCAUACUAUUUCUGAGUGCUUGAAACUCCACAUUCCAGGAAUCCAGUUUAAGGGGCAACGUCUUAAUUUACUGGAAUAUCAUGUACCAAAAAGAUGGGGAUGCUUAGCUGACUUGUUCAAAGUUCUAGAGGACAAUAAGACUUCCUUGAAUAUUAACCACUACUCCAUUAACCAAACCACUUUGGAACAGGUAUUUAUUAAUUUUGCAGCUGAGCAGCAGCAAGCUCCACAGUCUAUUCUGGAACCAUCUACUGACUACUACAACCCUCAGCAUCUGCCUAUAUAA